UUAAUCUGCGUAGAAAAUUUUAUUUUCAUCAAUACGUAAUCAAAUAUUUUUGGAACGCCAAAAAAAAAAAUAAUCGAACGCACUCGUUCGAUCGACCAAAUUACUAUUUGUAGUGUUUUUUUUGGAGAAGUGAUUUUUCGCAGUCCGCAGUCUUAUCAGACGACGCCACUGUCUAUAUACACACGCACACUGUAAACCAUUGUCAAACUAGUCUAUCUUUUGACAUAGAAGUGGUGUGACUCAUCGUAAGCUGUUUAUCAAAAGAAAAACAUUUAAUUUCGAUUUUUACGAAUAUUUAGCACAAUAUGGGAGCUAGACAAAGUAAAAGAUCGGUAGAUAUAUCUGCUGGAGCCACAAAAGCUGAAAAAGGUCCAGCGGGUGAACCUUUAGAAAAUGGUACUAUAACAACUGCUUCAACUGACGAAAAACAAGUGGUUGAAGUUACUGGGGGAACAGAAGAAACCCCUAAGUUGAAUGGAUCAACACCUCAUGUAGACGAAAAGGAAACUGGUGAAUCAAUACUACCUGCUAAGGACAUUAAGGAACCCGCAAACUCGGAAGAAAAAACUGAAGUUGAGGUCCCAGCUUCUGAAGCUAAUGGCGAUUUAGAUGUUACUGCUGAUGAAUCAAUUAAAAGCCCUGCUGAUGAAUCAGCCACAACUGAGGUACAAGCAUCUGCAGAAAAGAAGCGAAAGAAGAAGAAAUCUUGGUCAUUUAGAAGCAUUAGUUUUUCAAAGAAAGACAAGCCUAAACCAGUAGUUAAGGAACAAGUUGCUACUGAUGUAAAAUCUGAAACUGUGCAAGAGGUGGCCGAAGAAGAAACAGUGAAAGAAGAAGCCAAAACAGAAUCUGAAGCUACUGUUGAAGUUUCAAAAAUUACUGAAUCACCUUCCGCAGUGGUUGAAGUUAAAGAAUCUGUUGCUGAAUUAAAUACCACAAAUGUAACUGAAAUUCCACCUCCAUUACCUAGUAGUCCUCCUCCAGUAGAAAGUCCUGCUGUUGUACCAACACCAACCAUUGUUGAAACUCCUGCUCCAGUUCAACCUAUAGAACCUGAAGUUACACAGGCUGAACCUGAAGUUACCCAAGUCAAACCUGAAGUUAUACAAGCUGAACCUGAGGUCACUCCAGCUGAACAAGAGGAUGAGACAGUUGGUGGUGGAGAAGGUUUAGCUGAACCUCCUGAAGGUCUAAACACAUCUGACAUUGAAAAAGAAACUGAAGUACCUUUGGUUAAUGGUAAUCAUGUGGAAGAGGACAAACCUGAGCCUAUACAAAAAGAAACUUCCUCUCCUGAUGUCAACUAUAUAUCUGAAAAAAUUGAAGCAAUCAAGAUUGCUAAUGCAGCUGAUAUUAGUUUAGAGACCAAUGAAGUUUCAAAUAAUUCAUAUGAAGUAAAUGGAGGUUCUGAUGCAAUAGCAGUUACAAAUGGUGAUAGUGGAUCCGAUUAAUUAGUGGUCUACUUUUAUUAUUUUCUUUAUUCACUAAAUUUAUCGUUGACGUCAGUUAUCGAAAACUAAAUUAAUGUUAUUUAUCUACUACUUUACGUGAAAAGAAAAUUUUUAUUU